AUUUUAUUUUUCUAAUUUUUUUUUAUCAAUUUCCUGAUGCUCCAGAAGAAGAAGAAUUACAAAAGAAAUUUAUUGGGAAGCCACAUUUAUUUUUUUAAAAGAGGAUUACAUAAUAUAUAGUUGAACUGACCAAAAGUAAAACCAGAAAGAUGGAUUGCUUUGAAAUUAUUUUCAAUGAGGUGAGAGUGGGAAGUUGGAGUUAUUCUUGUUGCUCUCAGGGUCCCAAGGAAUCAGCCUUUUCAAUGUGUGCCAAUUGUGUGAGGAUGAGGCCUUUAUCAUAUAUAUCUAAUACCUCAUUCUAAAGAUUAUAAUGUUUUUUGUAGUAUUAUUUGAGGAUUAUAUAUUCUGAAAAAAAGGAUCACGGACAUGCCAAUCUCAUAUCUUUUUAUUGUAUAAUAAGAAAUUUAAGAGGACAAGACAGAAGAAGAGUGAGUUUGGUUAUGGAUUUUGACUCCAAAGUUGGAAAAGGCUGCAAUGUUUGACGGAGCUUUUUAUAUUUUAUCAGAGGGAAUGGAGCUAUAACUCUGACUUACUGCUCCUUUGUCCACGUGGCUGCUUCUUCACCUCAAACACCAUAAACUUUUGGAAUUGUGGUGCUUCAUGUAACUGUUGCAUCAGAGAUCAUUGCAGAUUUGCAGGCGGCUUACACUGUUACUGACCUUACUGUUACUGACCUUUCUUCUUUUUCUCUACUCUGUUUUUCUCCCUCUCUCUCUCUCUCUCUCUCUCUCUCUCUUUCCUCUGUUGGUUUGGGUUGAUUCGUAUUUUGAUUGUAGACUAGCUGUAUCUGAUAAUAAGGGAAGAGGAUGGCUGGUGAUGAUGGAAAGCACCUUUCAUGAAUUUUGAGGGGUAUGAGGUAUGUGGGUCUCCGUGAAUCAUGUUUUUCUUCAGUGGGUAUGGAUUAUUUUCGAAGUGUUCUAUGAUCUUCUUGCUCUUAUCAUGGGUUACUUCGGAAACUUGAAUGAAAAUGGUGUUAGUUUACAAUAUUACCCUAAUUGCUGAAUGAUAGUUUUACUGGAUUCUUGUGGGGUUUUUCUAUUUUUCUUUUUUCUUUUAUUAAUUGUGUUGCAAUUUGUGGUUUGGUACAUGAGAGUGGCUUUUGCUUUGUGUGAACUGCAAAUUGUACAGGAACAUAUUAGGGAUUUUCUUUCUUUCUUUUUUUUGGGAAUAGUUUUCUAGGAUGAUUAAGUAUGAAUUCAUUGAGAACAUCUCUACCAGAAACCAUGUGAGGGAAUAACUCAUUCUAGAAUUGGUUGCUAUCAGGAAAUCAUGGACUUGGUGCUAAUUUUGUUUAGAAGUCAUGUUCUGUUUUUUGCCUCUUAUAUAUAAUAUAUGAGUGCAUAUUUUGAUUAGCUAAUCCUAGGUUGAUAAAUCUAAGAAAAUUUGUGGAUAUUUAUCAUAAAUUCAAGGUUUAGAUAUGGCAGUAUGGCAGGUAAGCUCCUCAUAUUGUUUACAGGAGUUAUGUGGAAGAGUUAAGAGUUUUAAUCAACCUUUUCAAAUGCAUAGAAAUCCGGUAUCCAGUUGCUGUGUGUGGUAUAGCAUAUUGAAGGAGCUUGUUGUUUUCAAUAGAAUCUGGUCUUUUGAUUUGUGAAUAUUUUAUGACUGAAGUAGUGAGAGAGUUCCUUGUAUUUGUGGAUUCAGUUGCUUUCCAGUGUAACUUUAAAGUUCUAUAUUGCAUAAAGAAUAAAAAGAAAAUUUAAAAAAAUACUGGGUCCAGCCAAAAACAUUAGUUAUUUUUUAAGUAGUCUUGCAAGUAAUUUGUGUAUUGCAUUUAUAAUGUGGUGAGAAUCAAAAGGAAACAAAAGGUCCACCAAAUGGGAAUUUUAAAACGUGGGAGAAAAAUUAUGGGUUUAACAUGCAAAUUUCUAUGGCUGAAAAAAAAUCCUGAGUUGAUUGUAGUGUGCGUAUAAUGAUUAAGCAUGAUGGAUUAAGUGUUUCAAAUGUACCAUAUUGAUGCCAGCAUCUUGCGCAGAUGGUGCCUUAAAUUCCUGGGUACCGGGUAAUGCUAGCUGAUAGGAUUGUUGAGUUCAUCUAUUCAUAGUAGCCCGUGUGGCUGGUUUUAAAGAGGGAAAUAGAUUAUAUCAGUUUUUUGGUUGCAAAUGACCAUUUAUUUGUCUAUUUAUUUUAUUCUUUUCUUAACUUUUUCCCCUUAUAAUCCAUUUUCACAGACUGUUUUUGGACCUUGUUCAGUCUUUAUUUAACAAAAUUCCAAUUGAUUUCGUGUUGUAAAUGUGCAGUUUCCUCAGCAUAUACAAUUAGUUACUCAAAAUUUUUGGCAGCCUGGCCUAGGACUGGCAUAAUAUUCAGAACCAUCCAAAUGCUUAUUUGUAUUGCUUUUAAGAUUAUUUUGUGUCUCUGUGGUUGUCAUUGUUUCUGACUGUUUGCGAGGGGAGGAGGCAUCCUCUUUUUCUCUUUUUUAUUUUAUUUCAUUUCAUUUUUAUUUUUAUUGUUUUGCAUUUAUAAUUUAAAUCAGAAACAAAAAAUUGAUUUCAUGUCUCCCUUUUUGUUGACAUUUAAAUCUUCCUAAGAACAUGGCUAUAGGCAUCAGAAAUUACCUUUACUUUUCCUUGGUUUAUGUUUCAAAUUCAUUUCUUGUUCUUCCUGAAAAGUUAAUCCUUCCUCACACCAUAUAUCAAGUUGUGAACAUUUCCCUUUCUUGGUGUCUUUUAUUAUUUGAACAAUAUGAUUAGGUUCAGUACACAUGUAUGUGCAUGGUGUGCACAUAUUUAUACAUGUGCAUCUAUUUAUGGAAUACCUAAGGACAAUGGCUUUGAAUAAAGACUUAUGAGAAGGUAUCACAAUAGAUAAAGUGGAAUGGUCAAAAGGUGGAGCAAUAAUAUUGGUAAGCAAUUUAAUAAUGCUAACACAAGCCAUUAUGCUCUUUGUUGUCAUUAAUAUAAUUAUAUAUAUAUAUAUAUAUAUAUAUGAACCUUUGACCUUAAAACUCACUUUUCUUUUAUAAUGCGAUGACAAAGGAACAAUGCACUCUCAACUUUGAUAUGACUGCUGAAUCAAUUAUUUUUUCUUUCAGUAUGGAAGUUGAAUAGUUUCCACUGCUUUACAACUUUUGACAUUGACUAGGAUGUAAAUCUGAAUAAGUAACCCUUUGAACCUAGCAGUUGGGGAUAGACAUGAUCAAUGAUAAUAAAAUGCAGAAUUCAUUUAGAUUUUUACCAUUUAUUAGGUAUGGUUUACAUAUGCAUCAACUAAGAAGAGAGCUAGUAGCUGAUGAAGCAGUUGAUUUAGUGGGUUCUAGCUAGGUGGUAUCAGCAGAACGAAAAAAAAAGAGGUAUUUAAUAUGUUUCAUAUACCUGCUCUUGGAAAAAAUUUUAAAUGUUAAUGCAGAGUGACUUAAGGUAUAAGUACUACAAGAGCCACUUCGGUAUUCAACAAUCAUUUCACUUGAUUGGUGUUACUUCUGUAUGUUUUUGGAAAUAAUUUUAAUUCUCACAUGGCUUUAAAAUUUGCACCCCAUAUUUAUGCAACUUAUGUGCCAAUUGAUGAAAUUAGUUUGGUUAUGUUUGUUCAAGACAAGGUUGGCAUGUUUAGGAUUGUCCUGGACUCGGAUAAUAUUUCAGGGCUGCCUAUUGAAGAGAUUAUCCAGCCAAAGAUGAAUGCAGACAAUGACAACAAGGAACAGUUGUUUGAUUUAGGACUUGCUCUGGGUUAUUCUAGUCAGUGCAUUGGGAAAGCAUUGAACAAUGAUUCAGGUGCAGGUGCAAAUGCAGGUUCAAGGGUAGACAUGACACUUGUAGCCACUGAUCCCCUGUCUGAACUAGUUUGGUCUCCUCAUAAAGGUUUGAGUCUCAAGUGUGCUGAAAACAGUACGGAUGAGAAGAGGCCCUCUCUUUUAUGGGGUGUAGGACCGAGCAAUAUGAUUCAUUCACCACCACAAGGCAUUUCAGCCAGGAAAACUAUUUCUGAUGAGCCUAUGGGUGAGGGGAAUUUGGUUACCUCACAAGCAACACUUCAUGUGAAGAAUGAAAUGGGUGAAACAGAUAUUUUGACCUGUUCUCCUAGGAGCAAUGCUGGCAUCAUGACAGUACAUGGAUCAAGUCAUGAGCCCAAUGCAGGUACUAGAGAUAACAAUGACAAAAUGAUGGUGGCAGUGAAAGUAUCUGCCCUAGAUGUUAAUCAAGAGCGGGAUCAAGGAGACAAUGAAGAAAAAGGCAUAUAUGUUCCUGUACAUAUUCCAAUGGAUGUUACUUCUGAGGCCAGAGGGAAAAAGGUUUCAGGUUUCUCAGGUAUGGAACUUGGAUGUAUGGCGGACUCUCUAUCAUUCAAAAUGAAUGAAACUGAACCUGAUAUGGCACAAAUUGAACCCUUGCCUAUGCAGCUCAAGAAAAUGAUAAGCUCUAAUCCCAAUGGUGGAAUUGGAGAUGAUGGUAGCGGUAAUCAAACAUUGGGAAUGGAAGUUGUUUUGACUACUGAAGUUCCUCUGGUGAAACGGUGUAAAACUCCUGAUACUCCAGUGCUGAAUUCAACAUCUCCAUUCAGAAGAGAUGAGGGUUUAGCUUUAGCUAUUGAAGAAGAGAGCAAUAAUGAAAUGAAGACACCUGGUUCUACUAGUACCCCUCUUGAGAAACUAGAGUCAGCUGCUGAAAAUGAUUUACGAACUCAGACUGGUGAAAAUGCUUGUGGUGCAGUGAGUAAGAUAAUGGCAUCAUCAUCUGACCAUGAUGUUAAAAUCAUCUCUCAGCAAGAUGAAGGGUUGCGUCCUAAGGCCAAGGCUCUUCCUGUUAAUAAUUCUCCAAAUAAGAGUGGAAUGUAUAGGCAUCGAACGAAAGGAAAAGGAAAAGCUUUAUCUGAUGGUGAUCGUAGUGGAAGAAAGUCAAACAAAGAGGAUGACAGUGAUGAGAGUGUUGAAAGUUGUAAUAGUGCUGCUUUAUUUUCAACAGGAAAAAAACGGUGGGGCUAUGAACAACAGUUGAUAACUGGCAGUAAAAGAAUCCGAAAACAAAUUAAUGGAAGUCCUGGCUCCACAUCCUUUGUCAGACAAGACAGCUCUUUUAUGAGCUGGAUAUCAAACAUGAUGAAAGGGCUAUCCAAAUCUAAUCAAGACGAGACACCUUCUCUCGCUCUAACCCUUGCACGUCCUAAUCAUGAUAAUUAUGAUCAGAAGCUUGUAACAUGUAACAAAAACCAAGACCCUGGGUGCAGAAAUAUAGGUUUCCAAUCUAUUUUUCAGUCCCUAUAUUGUCCAACCACAAAGGUACAGGAAUCAAGAACCUUGAAUGCUGAUAACCAAACAGGGGAAGGAUCCAAAGAAUUUUGUCUGGCUAACAAGCUAUGUGAUGUCAAUAUUACUCCAAUAGCUUGUCAUGGGGAGAAUAAAAGCUUCAAAAAUGCACUCCUAUCAAAUGAGAAGUUUAACCAAUCCACAUUUGGAAACAGAGCAGGCCCUUCGACCCAGCCUAAAGUUCUGUCAGCCAAAUUUGCUGUCAGUCAAGAGAACUACAAGACCAGCUCUGUUGAGAAUAGAAGUGCAUCCAAUCCAGUGUGCAGUACAAAGAAAGAUGGAGUGAGCUCCUCCAGUUCCUCUCUGGGUAAACGAAAGGCCAACAGUGCUGAGAAUAAUGACUCUGAUCCACCAUCUGAAGGAAAGACAAUUCAUAAUUUUGGUUAUAAAAGUGAUCUUCUGGGAAGCCUGUGGGUAACUCGGUUUUCUCCUAAAACUUCAAGCCCCACUUGUAAAGUAGACCACUGCAACCAGAAUACAGGUGGAGCUACUGAAUUGUCCACUGAUUGCAUGGGGCUUAUUCCUUAUUCUCAGAAUCGUUUUGAUUCUUGUAAGGGCCUGAAAAUUUUAGGGACCAGGGAGUAUUGCACUGAAGAACCAUUGACUAUUGUUGGUGCAGAAUUACAGAAUUGUUCUGGAGGUACUGAGGUGUCCUUUGGGUUCAAAAAAAAUAAUGCUCAUAACAAUCAGAAUUCCAUAUAUAAACUGAACCCUAUUUCACCUUCGCAAAGAUUCAAAAGUUCAGAGGCAAUGGCUUCCCUCUUUGCUAGGAGAUUGGAUGCCCUCAAAAACAUUAUAACAUUGAAUCAAACAGAUACCGAAGCUCGGGCAACUCCAACCUGUUUCUUUUGUGGCAUAAGAGGUCACAGUAUACAUGACUGCUCAGAAAUAAAGGAAACCGAGCUGGAGGAUCUUCUAAGAAAUAACAAUUUAUAUCCUGGGGCAGAAGAACCACCCUGUUUUUGCAUUAGAUGUUUUCAGCUCAAUCAUUGGGCUGUUGCAUGUCCCAGUGUCUUGAAAAGGCAAAAUCAAUCAGAAUGUGGUGCUUCUUUGGUUAACCGAUGUAGUUCUGGUAUGAUGCUGCAUGAUACUGGAGACAAAAGAAAUGGGAAGCUGCUGGGAAGUAAGGAAAAUCCACCCCAAGUUGCUGCUGCAUUUGGAGUUUGCAGUGGGAGAAAGCCUACAAUGCAAAUUGGCUGUAGUUUGAACAAGAAGGGGAAUGGAAAUAUGACCGCUGUCAAAUUGUUUUCGAAUUCAAAUCUGGUACAAAAAUAUACCGCUUCAAGUUCUGGGGAAAUUGAGUCAAAAGAAAGUCAGAUAAUUCCUUUGUGCAAUUUUGUCAAUCCACAGAUUUCAGAUGUACCAAAAGGAAUCUUUGAUGCAAUAAAGAGGCUUCGUUUGUCUCGCGGGGAUAUACUCAAAUGGAUGAAUUCCGUUUUCCCAUUCUCACAUCUCAAUGGUUUUUUCCUGCGCUUGCGGCUUGGGAAGUGGGAAGAAGGGCUAGGGGGAACAGGCUAUUAUGUGGCUUGUAUAUCUGGGGCACAAAAAGAAAGACCUUCACAAAGUUCCAAAAAUCCAAUCGCUGUGAACAUCGGGGGUGUCAAGUGCUUGGUCCAAAGUCAAUACAUCUCUAAUCAUGAUUUCCUUGAGGAUGAGCUUAUGGCGUGGUGGGGCGCAACCACCAGAGCUGGUGGCAAGAUUCCAUCUGAAGAAGAUCUGAAAGUGAAACUUGAAGAGAGAAAGAAGUUUGGCUUUUAGGCAUUUGGGAUGGGUGUCCCCAAUUUCUGCUGGCAUAAACCAUUUAAAAAUAUAAAGAAAAUAACAUCUGUGAAUAGAAUUUUUGAAGUUAUCUAAUUUGCUUGUAUAGUUCAGUGAUAUUCAAGAAUUUAGAAAAUCAUUUCCAAUAUAGCAACAAUUUUUUUUUUCUUUUUUGAAAAAAAAAAAAAAUUGAUUAUAGGGGUGUAUUGGUUUUCCACGAAUUGGUUGAAUUUGAGAUUGGAAUAUUGCUUGUUGUGUGUCCUUUAGAUAUUGGAUUGAAGAAAUUGACUUGAGGAGUUGUUUUGUUUGGUAAA